AUGCCGCGCUUGUCCAAGUUCUACACUCCGGUGCCGCCAUUGACGCAGCAAGCGCUCAUCUCCCAAAUCUUCUCUUUGAUUUCAGACCGACCAGCCGGCGUCUGCAACUUCCUCGACGCUCCUGAGCUCGUGUUCCCCUCUUCCUCUUCUUCGGGUGAGAAGAACUCCAAUCAUGGCAAUGCUGUGACACGGCCCGGUAAUGGCACAGCCAGCACCGAUGAUGACACGAGAGUCAUCUACCGCCACUACGCGACGCUUUACUUUGUGUUUGUUGUUGAUGGAGCCGAGAGCGAGCUGGGCAUUCUAGACCUCAUCCAGGUCUUCGUGGAGAGUCUGGACCGAGCGUUCGAGAACGUAUGCGAGCUUGACCUCAUCUUCCACUUUGACGAGGUUCAGUAUGUCCUGAACGAGAUUAUUCAGGGAGGACUCGUGCUGGAAACGAACAUCAAUGAGAUCAGCCAGGGCAUCGUCGCCAGCCAGCGCAAUCGCAAGGCCAGCGCAGCCAGUGCCAACCCACUCGUACCGUCGAUGCUCGUCAAUCCUGGCGGCUCAACUCAAUCUAGCGCGGGAGGUGGUCUCAGCAGCGGAGCACGGCGUUGGCUCUCGUCGAUUGGUGUGUAG